AAAUUCAGUUUUGAAUAGUCAACGGAACUUUGAUAAAAAUCUAAUUAUAUCAGGAAAAUAUUUUACAACUAAAAACCGAUUAUAAAUUUUAUUAUGACAUCGGUAGAACUACAAGUGCUGAGAACCCAAUUAACAAAAUGUAGAGAAAUAAUAUCUUUAGGGUCCAGCGAAAUGAGCACCCGCAUAGAGUGGUUAAAUAAUUUCUGUGGUGAUUUUUACAUUUUUGCCAACCACUUGCAUAAAUUUAUCGCCAGCGAAAUAAAAGAAGAUGAUAAUGAAGGAAAUGAAAUAAUGGAUAACAUUUUUCUUUGCUUGGCUCAAGUUUGCUUGUGUACAAAAUAUCUGGAACGAAUUCUACGAGCGGAGGAUACUGCUCGCAAUGCCAUACCCAAUUCUAGAAAACAUUUUAUUGAUCGCAUAAUGUUGUGCUUCGAUAAAUUAGAAACAAGUUUUAGUAAUUUAUCCAUUACUACCGAAAAUAAAUCGCAUAUGUCUGGCUAUGGAUUUAUCACCUUGUUAGAUAUAGCAAUGGAUCACAUAAAAGAGUUUAGUACGUAUCAGGAAGAUAUGAAUACUGACACCGAUGAAUUAAAUCAACUUGAAGAUGCACUAGAGACCAGUAAAGACGUUUACCAGGCCGUGCGUUUACUGAUCAGCCAUGCACUUGCGCUAGCAAAUGUGGCAUUGAUUCAGGAUAAAACAGCAAUAAGCGCAUUAUGUCAAAAGGUCUUGCGAGAAUGCACAGCAUUUCAACACGAAUGUGGAAACAAUUUGAAACUCAUUCGCACAAAUAAUUGGCAUCGCAGAAUAAAGGCUAUCGCACUGGGAACCUCAUUAACACAAUUGCAUCAGUACAUUGAUGGCACUGUGUUGCGUUUGAUAUUUCUUUGUUUCGCAGAUUUAGAAAAGUUUUCAUUGGAUAAACUGCGCGCUAAGAUGCGUAAAACACGAGUAGACGACACCGAGUUAGACGAAUUUAUAGCCGAUUUUGAUGUAAAUUUAGAUAGAUUGGCACAAAUUGGACUCUUUGCUGCUAGUGACUGCUUAAAGCCCAAAUUAAAAACAUUGGUGCGCAGUUGUAUGGCAUCGCUGGAAGCACUGGAUUCAUGCAUUAUACCCUCAUUGCAAGCAUAUAAUGGCACCGAUAUGCAUACUGAAAUACUAGAGCAACAUUUUUACGAGGAAAUAAAUAAGUUCAAAACAGUUUUAUAUGAAAUUGUCGAUGCGCAACCGAUCACCAGAUGCUUUUAUGAGUUAUUUAACUCAUGCCUUGCUGAGACAGAAAAACAAUUUAACAAAUCAAAGUUGGAUGACUUGGUGCAAAUGGGCGAAUUUCUCUUGCAAUAUUUUCAAUAUCCUGCCAACAAAAAAGAACUGCAACACUCUCCAAAAUUCAAAAAUAACGCACUAGAACUUUUUCAGAAAUUCAAGUUAAUGUUAAAUGAAUGUCGUGCUAUUUUAGUAUGUGCCGAUCAGGUGAAUCACGUGCGUAUAAUGAAACGUUUUAAAAUAUUGCGUGCUAUUUUGCGUCGUUUCGUUGAUGCGCUUGAGCCCACCGAAAAUGUGUCAGCUAAAAAAGUUGACGAAAAUCCAACAGUUAUUCAAAGCACUGCCACUGGUACACAAACAAUUGACUUGAAUGCAUCGCAGUAUAUACUAGAUAGUAUAGAACCGAGCAUUUGCAGCAUAUUGUAUCGCAAUGAAACCGAUGAAUUUACACCACGUAGGCGUGCGGCAACCGAUUCCAUGCGUGGUAAUUACUCUAAAUGUCCAUUAUUUGAAAAUGAUAAACCGUUAUCGCACACAAAAUUAAACGAUGACGGGCAAAGUCAAUUCAGGCCGUGUCGCAGAAGUAGCGCUGGCUGUAGUGGCGCCGGCAGCAGUAUGCGUAGGAAAGAAAGUUUGCGUACAGUGAUGUUUAAGCGUCAAAAAUCCGCAGAGACACAGAAAGUUUGUAAUUUCUAUUUGCAAAACUCGGCCAGUUUGCAAAUUUCGGAAAUACUAGAUCAAUUGUCGGAGAUAUCUGGUAACAGCCCGAGCGCUAAAGAAGAACAUUUACUGAACACCUCGAUAAUGGAAUAAAAAGUUCUAUUUGCUAUAUAAUAUUUUCUGUAAAAGAAAAUGUGUUCACGGCAAAAGUAGUGUUAUCUAUGAAAGAUAAUAUUUUAAUUGUAAGUGUUUUGCGGCGU